GGCGGUGACGUGCGGCGUCUGGGAGCUGUCCCAGGAAUAAUGGUGCUGAAGCUGCAGCACCCGUCCAGCAGCCAAUGAUCACAGGAGGAUCCGGGGGCUCUGUGCGGUGCGCUUUUCACCCGGAGCAGGACGGUCCGGUCCUGUUGGAUUUUGUUUUCCUUUAUGACGGAUGGAUUCGAUUCCUAAUUUGCUGGGUCCUCAGAUAUUGGUCGAUUUAAUGAUUCGGGAAUGUAGAGGCUUCCUGGAGAGACGUGCAGCUCAGACCUGCAGUCUGGAUGAGAAUCUGAGAGGGAAAUAAAGCAACUGCAGAUCGCGUUGCUUGAAAUCGGUUUAUAUUUCUUCAGCUUUUUUAUGGACCUAAUGGCUUCAGACACUUGUUUGCAUCGAUGGGAUUUAUUUCUAUUUUCUGCUUACGUCUUCAUUGGGAAGCAAUAAAAGUCAAACAUCUGGGAUAGUGAUCCAAUUCAACAUAAAAUAAAAAUUAAAAAAAGGGAGCCAUUUAAACCCUAGAGUCGUGCUUCAUCCAUCCACGUAUGCAGAAGUGUUUGCUUAUGCCGGGGACACAAACAGCACACGUCUUCCAGCACCUGGGCUCGGUGCUGUGAUCUUCUGGCCGGACACAGCCCGAUGCAGCGCGGCCGGGGCAUGCUGAAGAGCCGCUGCUGCGUCCUGCUUGGUGACCUGAGGGUGCUCCUUCUCGGGCCACGAGCACCGCGGACACCGCUGCCUCCUCUGACCCCCAUGAGCGGCCAAGCUUCGGAAAGCCAUGAGGCGAGCGCCACGGUCCCCGACAACAACAACACCUUAACGCGGAGCCACCAGCAGCAACAGCAAGGAGGGGACCGAACUGUGCCGUCUGCUGCCGGGGCCCCAGGUGGAGAGCGGCCGGUUGGGGGCUGGGUGGACGCAGCGGAGCUGUCCGCGGCUCUCCGAGGGUGUAGCAGCUCAUCUGAUGACUGCUCAAAGGGGAAGCUGGAGGAGAGGUUCUCUCUUACCAGCUACACAGAGAGCGGCUUCAGGACGCCUGUCUGUAGGAUCUGCUUCCAGGGACCAGAACAUGGAGAGCUCCUGAGUCCGUGUCGCUGCAGCGGAUCGGUCCGCUGCACCCACCAGCCAUGCCUCAUCAAAUGGAUCAGUGAGAGGGGUUCCUGGGCCUGUGAGCUCUGCUACUACAAAUAUCAGGUCAUUGCUAUCAGCACCAAGAACCCACUACAGUGGCAGGCCAUCUCCCUGACUGUGAUAGAGAAAGUGCAGAUAGCAGCAGCCAUACUGGGUUCCCUGUUCUUGAUGGCUAGCAUCUCCUGGUUGGUCUGGUCCUCUUUCAGCCCGUCGGCUCGCUGGCAGCGCCAAGACCUGCUUUUCCAGAUAUGCUACGGCAUGUACGGCUUCAUGGAUGUCGUCUGCAUCGCAUUAAUUGUCCACGAAGGACCCUCUGUGUUUCGCAUCUUUCACCGCUGGCAGGCCGUCAACCAGCAGUGGAAGGUUUUGAACUAUGACAAAUCGCUGGACAGUGACGACCUGAAGGAAGCUGUCGUGGACAGGACUCUGUCUCAGCCCGGUCAGGGCUACCAGAAUGGGAUUGGAGCGUCUGCCUCCAACUCCUCCCUGAUGGUGGUGGCCUCCACAGCUGAUGGCUCCACUUCCACAGCCGUUGUGACCGCCCCAGGGGAAUUCGGAGCACACAUAGAUCCUGAGAGCGGCACCACGGUACCCGACCAACACUGUCCCUACAACAUCCUCCACCUACUCAGCCACCUGAGGCAGCCGGAGGCUCGCAGCCAACCCAGCAAUAGCACAAGAGAGCUGGUCAUGAGGGUAACCACAGUCUGAGCAGUCAGUUGAGGCCUUAUUCAACACGGAGCUGAGAGAUUUCUGAACCAGCUGGCAGUGAAAAAGACCUGAAGAAGUGCUGUCUUAACUGCACUGGACUGACAUCAUGUUCUUGUUUAUUUUGAAAUGCAUCUUUAAUGUCCUGACAUUGAUUGAAUAAAAGUCAAAGUGGUCUGAUUUGCAAACUG